AUGCAUCGCGAAGGCAACAACCCUGCAACUCCGCAGCGCCCCCACCCGGCCCCGCUCGACGAUGCCGCCGCCACGCCAUCUCCAUCGCGGCUCGGCCUCCUGCAGACUCCGCCGCGACGGCCCGGCCGGGGUCUCAAACGGGCUAUGGAGGCAGAGGCCGAAGUCCCCGAGCACCACGAAGCAAGUCCUCGUGGACUCCUUCAAACGCCACCACUUCGUCCCCCGCGCCGUGCACGGUUUUCCACCGGACCUAUCGACUUGAGCACUGCUGGUACAGACGCGACGUCUGACGCAGACCGUCCCGUCGCGCGUAAAGAAGAGGCCCGAAGUUUUGCUUCUAAUCCCCAUCAGGGAGGAAAACAUCAUGGGGAGGGCGUGGAUGAUGAUGGUUCAGCGGGGCGGGACGAGAACACAUUGGAACACUCAGUUGAGAGCGCAGAACAACUACAGGACGACAGCACAGACGGGAAACCUGACGGUUUUCAGGUAACAGAUAGUAACAAGAAGGAACAGAAGAAAAAGUGUGAGAAGGAACAGAGUGAUAAACACAAAACGCAUGAGGUGGAGAAUGGGGAUAGGCACACUGAUGGCCCCGAUCAGCUGCAUUAUGUGGACAUGGACAAGCACGAUGAGGAUUCUGUGGAACAAUUGUAA